UUUUGUUUUAUUUUAUUUUACUUUUUUUUUUUUUUACACACAUUAGUGUAUAAUUUUUUUAAUGUCAUGAAUGUAUCUUCAACAUCAACAAGGACUACAGAUGUUAUCCAAGUUCCCGAAUAUUUUUAUGCAAUCGAUAUUAAUUAUUUAACUCACAUGAUUGCUGAUAUGUUAGGCAGACUCAUAUCACAUAAUGACCUUAUACCGUUAACCCCUAGUAACCUAACACGUUUCCAUUCUCGAACACCGCCUAAUAUAUCUCUCAGCGAUUAUUUACGACGAAUAGUAAAAUAUACUUCAGUAGAAAAAUCCUGUUUAUUAAUUUUGUUAAUAUAUAUUGAUCGUGUAUGCGAACUUCAUCCACAAUUUACUGUAUCAUCGUUAACAGCACAUCGCUUUCUUAUAACUGCUGUAACAGUAUCAUCUAAAGCAUUAUGCGAUUCAUAUUGUACAAACUCACACUAUGCCAAGGUAGGAGGUAUAUCGACACAAGAAAUAAAUGCGCUUGAAUUAGAAUUUCUAUCCUUAAUUGAUUGGCACCUUUCUUCAACAGGUCCAAUAUUACAGCAAUAUUAUGUAAACCUUGUGGAACAGCAUCCUUGCUAUGAACGUAUUAUAUCUAAUGAGACUAAAGAGUUAUUAGAAACAAUGACAUAUAAAAAGCGUCGAAGGAGCAGUACUCCUACAGAAGAACAAAUAAGCGAAAAAAUAAUUUAGACACUGAUAUUAUAAAAUUAGAAGAAGAGAAGACAAAAAGACAUUUUGAUACAUUGUUAGAAGAUGACACCAUACCCUAUAUCGCAUAGCUAUUUAUUAAUACCAUUUUAUGUAGUCACCUUUAAUUUUAUUGAAUCAAAACUAUACAUUUACGUAUACUCCCUUUUACUUAAUGAAAGGAAUAAUAAAGAAAAUGAAAACAAUUUACGCUGGCGUUUAAAUAGCAAUAAUCAUCAUUAUCCUUAUUAUAAAGAGUACACAUAGAAUCUGUAGAA